ACUACCUUCCAACAAUCUUCUCAUUUUCCAUUUAUAGUCCACUGUGUUUUCCAAUCAUCUGCACUAUGUAUGUAUGUGCAUGCAUUGCUUUAUCCAUGUACUCUCUCCAAUAUUUAACAUUCUUCAAUUCUAAGUUGUUCCCUACUACUCACAAACCUUCAUCAACUCAUUCUUCUCUAGCUCUAAUUGGUUUUGGGCUUUGGCAAAUAUACAUGCUUUGCUGAAAUUUUUCUCUGAAUUUGGCAAACAUGGUAGUCUCUAAUUUUUUUGGCAUAUUAUUGGUGAUGGAGGUGAUGGUAUUCUAUGGUUUGAGGCUUGGAGUUCAUGGGUUGAGCAUGGAUUACUAUAUGAUGAAUUGCCCAAUUGCUGAAUUUAUUGUGAGGGAUUCAGUCACCAGCGCUUUGCAGUCCGACCCAACUCUUGCUGCAGGCCUCGUCCGGAUGCAUUUCCACGACUGUUUCAUACAGGGAUGUGAUGGAUCGGUUCUCCUUGAUUCCACGAAAGACAACACCGCAGAAAAGGAUUCCCCAGCGAAUCUGAGCCUGCGAGGGUACGAACUCGUAGAUGAUAUAAAGGAUGAACUUGAAAACCGAUGCCCUGGUGUGGUCUCCUGCGCUGAUAUCCUUGCAAUGGCGGCCAGGGAUGCUGUUUUUUGGGUUGGAGGUCCGUUCUAUCAAAUCCCAAAUGGACGAAAAGAUGGUAGAAGGUCUAGAAUCGAAGACACCUUUAACCUCCCUGCUCCAGUCCUCAAUAGCACGGAGCUCAUCAACUUGUUUGGGAAGCAUGGCUUCAAUGUUCAAGAAAUGGUGGCUUUAUCAGGGGCGCAUACAAUAGGAGUUGCGAGGUGCUCAUCAUUCAAAUCCCGGUUGAGUAACUUCGACUCCACUCAUGACACGGAUCCCAGCAUGAACUCCAACUUUGCCAGGGUCUUGUCCAAGACGUGUGCUGCCGGAGACAACGCCGAGCAGCCGCUGGAUCCCUCCAGAAACACAUUUGAUAACGCCUACUACAUUGCGCUGCAGCGGCAAGCGGGGGUGCUGUUUUCCGACCAAUCCUUGUUCACCAGCGCUAGGACUAGGCGUAUAGUCAACGCCUACGCCAUGAACCAAGUCAUGUUUGCCAUGGAUUUCCAGCAGGCAAUGCUGAAGAUGGGGCUGCUUGAUGUCAAGGAAGGUUCCACCGGAGAAGUUAGAGAAAAUUGCCGGAAAAUUAACUGAUGGAUUCUUCUUUUUCUGCCCUUAUAAUCUAUAUAUAGAGAAAGAAGGAGACUUAGGAGUGAUGUGGAUGCACUCUGUAUGGAUUCUUGUAAGUUGUAACUCUUAUACGUAAGUAAAGAAGUAAUAAUAGGGGUUUGGGAUUUGAAA